UGCUCAUUUGGCGUUCUGCGCGCUCGAGGAGAGAACGACAUGUAUUUGUCCUGGAAGAUAAUGCCAUAUUGAAGGAUUUUGUUGUCUAAAGAUAAGUUUGUCUUAUGACAAUUAUUAAUUGUCCAAUAGUUGUCAUCAUUUCAGCUGCGAUGAGCGAUGGAGAGAGAGAGAGCGAGAGAAAGGAACAGCUGUGGUAGACAGUGAAGGGAGGAGGAUCUCAGUGAGAGUCAGAUGCUGCACCAGGCAGGAGAAGACAGAACCAUAGACAACGUUCGGUAAAGAGGAUGACCAUUGCAAAGGAAUACGAAAUAUGAAGGAAUUUCUUUGUGUGCUGGCUUAAUAACAGAUCAGAAUGGGAAAUACAGAUAGUCAGUACAGCAAUUUCCUCAUCCCUGGUAAGGGAAAGUCUAGUUCCCUGAAGCUGCACACUUCUAAAGAGGAGGCACUCUCUCCACACUCUUGGUGGCGGAGCUCCCAGAGCACCUCUGGAUACAAGGACAAAAAUGUUUUUUCACCACACAAGAACAGCAAACCGUACAUCUCCCGGCAUUAUGACUGCAUUAAGGGGGGAUCUAGUGACAAAGUACAUUCAGAGAGCCACAAAGACUAUGACAACCUUUUAUUCCAGGGAAAUGGAUUCUUUGUAGGCUACAGACAACAGACUGGAAGCCUCCAGGCCCCUAUGAGGAGCACCAGUUCUGAACUUAAAGACAAUAAAAGCAGUCCCAAAGUUCUUUUUCGUGAAGAUGGAAGUCUAAGGGUUGAGUUUACCAAUGCACGGAGGGAUCCGGAUGUUGAGCUGUCAUUGGGCAGCUGUCUCGGUGGACCUGUUGAUGCUAUCCAAAGGGCCAGUAAUGGGAGUUCUCUUAGCUCUGAGGAUUCAUGGUAUGACUCGCCAUGGGGGAAUGGGACAGAAGAUCUGUGUGAUAACGUCUUCACCACCGGCCAACCUUCGGACAACAGUAGUGGAUAUACCACACUCUCAUCCACACGUACGGUGGACUUUGGAUGUUUUAAUGGCUACAAUACAGAGCAAUCUGAGAACCUUAUGGGUAACCUCACCUGCCAACCCACAGUUCACGACAGUCAAUAUACAAGCAGUGGUUGCAAUAGUAAUGGGUACAAUGCUAACCGCACUGAGGGGGACAGUGGCAUUGGAGACUCUGUGCUACUUCAUUUGGAGCAUAAUGGACUAUCUAACAUUUACACAAACCCCAACAUGACUGUGCCAUUCCCCACUGUGGGCAUCCUUGCAGCGGAUCAACUUGAGGACGCUUCUCGACUCCAAGCCUCACUAACCUCUUCUCAGGAUGAAAUUCCGAAAACACAGAAUUACACCUCACAAACCCUGCCAUGCAGAAAAGCAGUUCCCGAUGGGAACACAAGGAAGGACUCGCUCAAGAGUCGCAUCCGCCGCCUCAGUGAUUGGACAGGAAGUCUAAGCAGGAAAAAGCGAAGGCUGCAGGAACCAAGUACUCUGGACUUUACAGAGGUUGUCAGCUGUGGAACUGGGGUAACACUAGAGGAAUCCAGACCAUUUUGGAAUCCAGUGUCCUCCCAGACACAGUUGGACUGCUCUGGUUCCUCAACGGGCCCAUUUGGGCUGCAGAACCAGAGUGCGGCCUUGAGGCAGAACAUUUAUGAGAACUUUAUGCAAGGCCUAGAGACUGGAAGCAGCAGUGGAACUGCUGAUGGACUCCAGGUCUGGGAGGGUGAAGGAGAAAGCAGCAGUGGCUCAAUGGGCUCCUUAGAGCAAAUGGACUUCCUGUUUGAGAAGGAGCAAGGUGUUGUGCGGAGGGCUGGUUGGUUGGCUUUUAAGACCCUCAUUACGCUCCACAAGGACCGCAAACUGGAGCUGGUAGCAAGACGCAAGUGGAGGCAGUAUUGGGUCACGCUCAAAGGCUGUACACUUUUGUUGGGUGAAUCCAAUGGAAAGACCUCCCCUGAGCAGGAAUGCACACCACGGUACGCAGUGCUUGCUGAAGACAGUAUUGUACAGGCAGUUCCUGAGCAUCCCAAGAAAGAGCAUGUCUUCUGCCUCAGCAAUGCCUAUGGAGAUGUCUAUCUCUUUCAGGCUGCAAAUCAAACAGACCUUGAGAACUGGGUGACGGCCAUCCAUUCUGCCAGUGCUUCCCAUUUGGCUAAGCGUCAGGGGAAGGAGGACACUCUGCGUUUGCUGAAGAGCCAGAGCAGAGCUCUCCUGCAGAAGAUCGACAUGGAUGGUAAAAUGAAGAAGAUGGCAGAGCUGCAGCUAUCUGUCAUCAGCAACCAGAAGAACAGGAAGGCUAUUGAGAACCAGAUCCUGCAAUGGGAACAGAACCUGGAGAAGUUUAACCUAGAGCUCUUCCGCAUGCGCUGUUACCUGGCUAGCCUGCAGGGCACAGAGCUGCCCAAUCCGAAAAGCCUGCUAGCCACUGCGGGACGUCCAUCUAAAAUGGCGUUAGGUCGUCUGGGAAUUUUUUCUGUCUCGUCCUUUCAUGCGCUGAUAUGCACUCGUAAUGAGGCCACCCUAAAGAGACGAUCUCGCUCUCAUCCUCGAGGUAUGCGGAACAAACAAGGACUGCUUUUUUCUUCACAGAAGGGAUUAGACAGCCUGAACAAAUGCAACCGGGAAAAAAGACAGUCCCUGUCCCAGAUAUUUGAAGGAUGUUCUUCUGGAUCAUUUGGUCAUCCAUCUACGCAAAGCAGCUCAGAGAAGCUGGACGGCUUUCCCAGAUUGCAUGUAACAGCGCCACCUGAAGGUCACCCGUGGGAAUGCAGUCAGGAAAGCCGGGUGUAUGUGCUGAUGCCGGACACUCAGCUGGUCAGUGUGCCAGUCAAACAGGACUCUGUGGUUGCUGAUGUUCUCUCAGUGGCCUGCAAGAUAAAGCAGCUUGACCCAGCUCUGCACUGCCUGCACAUGAGGAGACAUUUGGGACAAGAUGUGGAGAGAAGCACUCCAGCGCCCACAGACCUCCUAAAGACCCUGGUCUAUGAUGAACUGGAAGUUUGGCCUGUGAAUGUGUUGACCGUAAACAUGUCCCGACCGGACACAAGCGUAGACUUUGGUUUUGCGGUCACAGGUCAUGUGGAUGGUGCCAGGAGAAGUCAUGUGUAUGUGAGCGAGGUGAAUCCUGAAGGCCUGGCGUCUGUUGAAGGUCUGAAAGCUGGAGAUGAGAUCUUGACUCUAAAUGGCGUGAGCGUGGCUUCUCUCGACCUCGGCUUCAUGCAGAGCUUCUUCAGCCAACAAGAACUCCAUCUUGUCCUCAGACGCGAGGAUAACAGCACAGACGACCAGAGCUCUGUCUGGCCAGACUGUGACCCCUGUGACCCUGAGCGACCCCAGCCUCCUCGGGUCAACAUCAUUCACCUGGAGCAGUGGAGCACAGCUCCAGCUCAGGAGUUUCCCGAGGUCUCCGUAGCGUCUGCUUUGGAGGAGCUGACCGAUGAGACAGAGCGGGGCGGAAGGAACCCAGAGACGGUGUGUAAUCUCUACCAGACGUUCCCAGAAGGCUCUGUUCUCGUGCCGGAGACCCACAGGAACCCUUACUCCACUGAAAAUGCUCUUUGCAGAUCCUCUCCACGUCACAUGUCCGUCACAGAGCGCCUGCGCAUGGUCAUUCAAGAGCUGGUGGAAACAGAGAAAUCUUAUGUCAAGGACCUUGGAUCUCUGUUUGAGAUCUAUCUGAAGCCAUUACAAAGAGAAACCUUCCUCGGUCAUGAUGAGAUGGAGUCUCUGUUCGGCAGUCUGCCAGAGAUGCUGGACUUUCAGAGGGUUUUCCUACAAACCCUAGAGGAGAGGACAACUUCCUCACCGGAGUACCAUGCACUAGAGACGCCAGAGAAACUCAAGAAGCUCCUCUUCUCCCUGGGCGGAUCGUUCUUGUACUAUGCAGAUCACUUCAAGCUUUACAGCGGCUUCUGUGCCAAUCACAUUAAAGUGCAGAAAGUGCUGGAAAGAGUAAAAACAGACCGGGCGUUCAAAGAGUUCCUGGAGGCGAGGAACCCCACCAAACAGCACUCGUCCACCCUGGAGUCGUACCUCAUUAAACCCGUGCAGAGGGUUCUGAAGUAUCCUCUGCUGCUGAGGGAGCUGGUGUCUCUCACCGACCCCGAGAGCGACGAGCACAGACACCUCACAGAGGCAUUAAAGGCUAUGGAGAAGGUGGCCAGUCACAUAAAUGAGAUGCAGAAGAUCUACGAGGACUACGGCACAGUGUUCGACCAAUUAGUGGCAGAGCAGAGCGGCCCUGAGAAGGAGGUUAGUGAGAUCUCCAUGGGAGAGUUCAUCAUUCACAGUUCAGCACUCUGGCAAAACCCUCUGCCCUCUUUGGGCCGCAUGAGAAAAGAACCUGAACUCACCCUCUUCCUCUUCAAGAGAGCACUAAUUUUGGUGUAUCGGGAAAGCAAGUUAAAGAAAAGAAUGACGUCUUCACGGCCCGGUGAUCUGGAUCCUUUUAAAUUCCGCUGGCUCAUUCCUGUUUCAUCCCUUCAGGUCCGACCUGGAAAUGCAGCAGGGUCAGAAAACCCUUGUUUUUGGGAAGUUGUUCACACCAAGUCUGAAGUGGAGGGACGACCAGAAAUGUCCUUUCAGCUCUGCAGCAGAAACCUGGAGAACAAAGCCAAUGCGGUGAGGACGAUCCGCACUCUUCUGAGAGAGAACGCCAAGCGGACGGCUGCUGUCGACAGACGGUUUAAAGAUCUAAAUUCUAACUUCACCUUCCCCAGAAGAAGCCACCCAGGAGCGCUUAGGACAAACUCCUGGCAGCGGCUGCCGCCACAGUCUGACGGGCCUAAAGCUUCAGACUCCGAUGAGGGCAGACUGUUUGAUGGAUACGCUCACUCCGAACCUCCCCUCAGGCCCUCCAGAGGCCAGAGAUCCACAUUGUGCUCCCUGACUAGCGUCUUGGAAACUCAACUCCAGAGACUGAACUUCGUAGAGGAGCCACAAGGAAUGAGCAAGAGCAGUACCGGCAGCCUUCAGGGCAGUCAGGUGACUCUUCUGGACGACACUUCAGGUCUGGACCUCAACACCCUGCUGGCCAGGGACUACAGCGUGCAGAGUUUUGGAUCGGUAGUUAAUGAGGAUUGUUUUUACGAUACGGUCACAGGCAUCCAAAAAGCUGCCAUUCCCACCUUGUAGAGGAAGCUGGUGCUAUAAAGAUUAAAUGCACUAAAACAUGAUUAUUGUGCCUUGAUAUGAAGAGCUUUUACACAGCCAGUUUUAUAUCAGCUCUGUCACUAAAUCUAGCGAGCUGCCUACCUGGAUGCCAUUUUAAAGCAUAAAAGGCAUUAUAAUUAUGUUGCCUUGGCUUAUAAGGCAUCUUGGCUCAAGUUCUAAAGCAGUAUCACAUGUGUUCAUAUCAGGAAUUAUCCAAGAAAGCGACUAUAAAUAUACUUAUCCAAUACUGGGAAGU